CAGCGUUCACUGCAGCUACCAGGACUGUGUCAGCUGCUGGACACCAACACUCGCAAGGAAUACUUCCUCAUUACUUUAUUUGAAGUCCCACGGGCAACAUAUGUCGAGAUAUAGGAUAUUUUCCCCUACCAGGGCGACAGGUUUGCCAAAGGGCUGCAGUAGGAACUAGUGUUCCACUUCUGCCCUUAUUUGACAGGUUUUCUAUGAAUGUCGGAAGGAACAGUGUCGUGUCGCCUGCCAUUUGCCAGCUGUCUGGGUCCGUCUGCAGAAGACUCAGACGACAUUGGGUACACCAAUAUGGCCCGUCAACCGGUUAUCCUCAACGUGUAUGAUAUGUACUGGAUAAAUGAAUACACAUCUUCAAUUGGUCUUGGUGUGUUUCAUUCAGGGGUUGAAAUAUAUGGCACAGAAUUUGCUUAUGGUGGGCAUCCAUUCCCAUUCUCUGGUGUGUUUGAGAUCACACCCAGAGAUGCUGAAGAUCUUGGGGAUCAAUUUAAAUUCAAACAGAGCAUCCACCUAGGUUACACAGACUUCACUGAAGAAGAUACGAAGCGAAUUGUUGCAGAAUUAGGCAAGGAUUUCCGAGGAGACAGAUAUCACUUGAUGAAUAAAAAUUGUAAUCACUUCUCAUCUGCCCUCACACAGAUUCUGGUAGGACGAGAGAUCCCCACUUGGGUGAAUAGACUGGCAUAUGUCUCAUCAUGUGUCCCAUUUCUACAACGGUGUCUCCCUAAGGAGUGGUUAACUCCAGUAGCACUCCAGCAAUCUAUUGAAAGACCCUCCCCAGACUCUCCAACAUCUCCGGACCCUCCCUUUUCCAAUUCGCCAAGUUCUGCUACCCGGGACAGGAUUCCCCACUCUGUUGCAACUCCAAGGAAUCACCGAUCCACAUCUCAUUCUCGUAACUCUUUGUAACCUGUCAUGUGUGCUAUGUUUAUGGUGACUGUUCAUAGUUUUACUCAUGUUUUUGACAGAAUGUAGAGUGAAAGUUAUUUGACAAAAUGUAUAAAGUGGAUGGAAGUUUGAUGAGUGUUUUAUAAGGUUAUUUUAGAUAUGUUAUUAUCUGUGUUUUAAGGCUACAUAUAGUUUUGAUAAUAAAAAGAAGUUAAAUUUACAGUUAUAGUGCAUGACUGGCUGCAGUUACAAUGCUGAUGGCCUGCCAUUGGUAACUGCAACAAUGGCCAUAGACUACAAUGUAAAAUUAAGGAUGUGAGACUGUUGAGUCCUAGUUCUUCUUAUGAGCUAUAUAGAAACUUAAGAUUAGUGCCAUAAAAUAGUUAGAGAGAAGAGUCAUGAUACAUAAUACUUAGGCCAUCCACACACAUGUUGCAGUGAGAAUAUCAUUUACACCUCACUGAAAAGUAUUAUAAUAUUUGGGUUGAAAUUCAAGUACUGUACUAUACGUGUUUAAAGAUACUGCUACCAAAUGAUCUUACAUGUAGCAUAUAUGCUUUAAAAGCAUAAUCUCAGUCCAAAUUUUGUUAUUUUCUCAGUGGAUUUAGUAUCCAGAGCAGUACCUUGUAAGAAAUAUUGUCCUGUUGAUUCACAAACAGGUUGCAUCCUUGUGGUCUGUAUUAGAAAUGUAUGCAUUUGUUAAAUAUGAAAUGGCACUGUUAAUUGUUGCAAAUGACAUGAAUUGAUAUUUGCAUAGAACCAUUAAGCAAAUUUUUAUUUUGGUUAUUGAAAGUUGUUGCAUAGGUGACAUUGCAGAAUCACCAUAUUGUAAAAGAUAUUUCCUGAGAUAGAACAAAAUAGUGUGGUCCCCCAGGUUUUUAGAAAAAAUUAUUUAGCACCCAUUCCUACUGUCAAAUUCAGCCACCCCUGCAAAAUUAGAAAAAACAAAAAUAAAAAAGUAGUACAUAUUUAAAGGAAAUGCACAUUAAGCAGUAAGUCUUGUAAAUAGGUUUGAAUUAAGAUCCAGAAUUUUUACGUGAAUUUUGAUAGACGAUACAUUUCUGUCAUAAGGCAUGCAAACGAUAUGAAAUUUGUACUAGUGGAUAAAUGAUAAAAAUUAUAACAAUUAUGUCUCUACUCUUCGGUUUUCAUCGUUGUAUUUAGUAAUUUCGAUAAAAUAUAAUAUAUUUUAUCUAUCUAUCUAUCUCAAAAAGCUGGGAAUGAAAGAUAAAUAUAUUUAUAAAGCUGUGCUUUAUAUAUUAAGUGAUAUCGAGACAUUUUUUAAUAUUUUAAAACUAUGUAACUCAAUAUAUUGGGUUCAUAGUGUGCCCUUUGGGUUAUCCCUCAGUGAGGGUAGUUUGUUGUGUCUUAAAGACAUUUAAUGAAUGUGCUUAAUUUCUUGGGGGAUGACAUUGUUAUGUUAUGAUCCCUGGAUUUCACUCUCAGGUCUCACUGCCAACAGAUAAAAAAAAGAAAUACAGAAGGGUUGAGUUAAGCAGCCAUUCACAGAUUCACAAAUCUGAAAAUGGGCCUCAGCAUAUCUGGAGUUUGGCUCUCCCUUGUGUGUGUGUGUGUGUGUGUUUGUGUGUGUGUGUGUGACACCACAUGUUCACAUGCUAUGACAGAAAUCCUUUCUUACUCUGCACAGUACAAAUAAACAUUUAAAAAUGUGCUAAAUAUUUAGGUACUAAAAUACCUUUGGAAAACAAAAGUGACAUUCCAAUUCUAUAUUUUCAUUAUUCUAGAUCCAAUAGAGUAUGCUUAGAACUUUCUCAAUUUAUUGUGCAGUGUCCUUUGGAAGUGCUGCAGCUAGACAGUACAACACCAGCAGGAAGAAAAAGGAUAGGGUACUUGUAUUAUUUUUGAAAUGCAGUACAUUAGAAGUUUUUGCCAGAAGUGUCAAAGUACUGUAUUUCUUAAACGUACAUUGCUAUUUUAUUCUCAUUUUGCAUAUAUCAAAAAUUGUCUUAAAAAUCUAUCAUGUCACAUUUUCUAGACUAAACCAACAGUCUGUGCAGCUUUUUUUUCUUCUCUUGCCAGAAGUUAGGGCAUUGUAAUUUUAAGUUUGGCAGUUAUUACUCAGUGUACUUGUUUUAAUAGUACUUUAUCUUUACCCAGCAUACAAAGUAUUCAAUCCUGCAUAACCUGACGUGGCCCAUUGGAACCUUAUUUUGGGCAUAUUACUCGCGAUAAAGUGUAUAAAAUUUAUUUGACGUCCAUUACCCUAUAGUGACUGGAAGGCAGGGUGAUACACUUACAAAGUUUUUAGCUGAAGUUAGAAUUCUCGGGUACAGACUUGGUGUAUGUAAGGUACAGUACGUAAAAUUUAGUGAAUUUUUGUUUUUGUUUACUACUAAUAGUUAACAGUAUUCUUUUACAAGUAAAAUACAGUAUUUAACAAUUAUAUUUUUAAUUUGCAUAUUCUAUAGCUAAACAGAAAAUAUGAGCUUUUAUUGCAGGUCAUGAAUUCCAUUGUCGGUGAUACCUGUAAUCUUGUGCCAAGUCUGUAUACAAAGUUGUUCAUAGUUUUCUGUAAUAAUCAUCUUUAAUAACCUAAAUUCUUGAAUCCCAUCCAGAAGAAUGGAAUGUUUGCUUGAAUUGCUAUGAAAUGGUUGGUGAUGUAAGAGUUAAUAUUGUAGGCAUUUUUAUUGCUAUAAAUAGUUCCAAAGUUUUAUACACCCUUUUUCAAGCUGCCUUAACCAAAAAUUAACAUAGUAUCUGCCUCUUGAUAUGGCAUAUCUCCAAGGAUACUGUUGACUUUUAAUGUUAAGGGGCUUUGGAAAAGUGCUUACAUACUUCGUGUGAAAAUUUGUGGGUUUGUGAGGGAAUAAUGUUUAAAAUGAUUUAUAAUAUUGGAUAAGCUAAAUCUGGUAUAGGACUUUCACAAAUCUUCCAUUGUGUACAUGAGUUAGGUAUUGAGCUGAAAUAUUUUCAGGGAGAAGUUAUUAUGUUUGGUGUAUAGUCCUUGUCUUUUAAGUUCAUGGAAUAAAUAUUCUUUUUUUACUAACCCACUUUAAUAUACAUUGUUUUUAUUAAAAUUACUUUUAUAC